CGUUGUGUAGGCUUGUCUUCGUGAGCGGUGGAGCGGCGCCGCUGAUUGGCUGAGUUGAAUCCCAUGUUAAUCUCUUGCCCUGAACAUGGCAUCAGGCGGAGUGGGGAGCGGGAGCAAAGGAGCGGCCCCAACAGCCCCCGCUGUGUCCUCGUCAUCCAUGGACAUACGGACCAUGUUCCUCCUACUGAACUCCGUCACUGAAGACAACAUCCGUUUCUUCCGGCAGAACCCCUCGGAGAUGGGGCGGCGGUUCGUCACGGCCUUCACCCAGAUCCAGGAGCACGGCCGUGGGCUACAGGCAGUCGUCCAGGGCUUCGCAGCGGUCUUCCCCAUCUUCGACUUUGACGAGCGGACGCCAGCCAAUGGCUACCGCAGCCUGAUUAAGGUGGUGCGCUCCUGCAUCCUGCACAUCAUCCACAAGUCCCGUUACAUCUCCACAAACCGCCGCAGUAUCUUCUUCAGGACCAACCACAACUGCAUGGAGGUUGAGGCUUACUGCUCGGCCCUCUGCCAGCUUCGUGCCCUCGUCUACUUCGCCCAGAAGCUCCUGACCGCCAACAAGCACGGUGACCUGUUCUUCGGCGAGGAGAAGGGUCUCUCUGAGGACUUCCUGCACGAGUCCAACUCCAUGCACAAGGGCUGCUUCUAUGGGCGCUGUCUGGGCUUCCAGUUUACGCCUGCGAUCCGCCCCUUCUUGCAAACUAUCUCAAUCGGCCUGGUGUCGUUUGGGGAAAACUACAGACGACACGGAACCGGCUUAGGUGUCGCCGCCACCUCCAUCUUCACCAGCGGCAAGUACGCCAUUGACCCCGAGCUCCGCGGCUCCGAGUUCGAGCGGCUUACCCAGAACCUGGACGUGCACUUCUGGAAGGCCUUCUGGAACAUCACCGAAACUGAGCUGCUGGCAUCUCUGGUGACUCUAACAUCCACCGCUGUCCGUGUGAACAAGACGCUGUCCGUCCCGCCCGUCCCCUUUGAGAUGCCACUGCUUGCUGACCCCAACUUGAUGGUCGUCAUCACUCCUCCAGUGGCUCAUUCUGGCCCCGGACCCGUACAGAUGAGACUCAUCUCCUACGAGCUGCGAGAUGGACAGGACAGUGAUGAGCUCAAUGAACUCUGCAAACCUGAGGCUCAGCUGGGUCUUGACAUACGCCUGAAAACCAAGAAAGCUCCACGGUCAAAGUUCCUCAUUGUUCAUUUCCACGGUGGAGGGUUUGUGGCUCAAACCUCAAAAUCACAUGAGCCUUACCUGAAGAGCUGGGCCCACGAGCUGGACUCACCAAUCCUUUCCAUUGACUACUCGCUGGCCCCGGAGGCCCCCUUCCCGCGGGCUCUUGAGGAGUGUUUCUUCGCUUACUGCUGGGCAGUACGGAACUGCCACCUCUUGGGCUCGACUGGAGAACGGAUCUGCCUGGCAGGGGACAGCGCCGGAGGGAACCUCUGCAUCACUGUGACCAUGCGGGCCGCGUCCUACGGCAUCCGGCUGCCCGACGGGAUCAUGGCAGCCUACCCUGCCACCCUGCUCCAGGCCAGCGCCUCACCAUCCCGUCUGCUCACCUUCAUCGACCCCCUGCUGCCUCUCAGUGUCCUGUCCAAGUGCUUGAGUGCGUACGCAGGUACAGAGCCUGUGUCGAGUGCCUCCUCGAACAAGGUGGAUACACUGAGCAUGGUGCAGAAUGACGCAGCCCUGCUGCUUCGCGACAUCCGACUGGGGGCCUCUGCCUGGCUCAAUUCAUUGCUGGACAACGGCAAGACCAGUGGCAAGAGCAGCAACAGGCCCGAGGCGGUGCGGAAGAGCUGCUCGGAAGCUGCCUUGACCGGGACCACCACCAGAUCCUCCUCGGACCACGAGCACAAGUUUGUGAUUAGCCGGACCUGCCGGGAGCUGGGCGAGGACACCCCGCCCUCCAGCAGGCAGAGCCUGCCGGACCGGGAAGCCGACGCCCGGGCCCAAGCCGGCGGUAGGCCCAGAGCCGGCUUCUACCAGGAAGGGGAGGAAGGAGAGGAGGGGCAGAGGAGCCAGCCCGGCGAGGAAGGAGUGCGGACGACCGAGUUCCCCGGAGGGUUCCAGCCCCUCCGCAGCGACACAGCAACAGCCAACAUUAAACUGCAGACAACAGCCAUUGUGAAAAACCCCUUCAUGUCUCCGCUGCUGGCCCCAGAUGACAUGCUCCGGGGGCUGCCGCCUAUACACCUAGUGGCCUGCGCCCUGGACCCCAUGCUGGACGACUCGGUGAUGUUCGCCAAGCGGCUGCGUCGCGCGGGGCAGACGGUGAGCCUGUGCGUGGUGGAGGACCUUCCCCACGGCUUCCUCAGCCUCUCCCACCUCUCCCGCGAGACCAAGGAGGCGUCCAACAUCUGCGUGGUCAAGAUCCGGGAAGUCCUCCAGGGCCCGGCCACCGCCUCCUCCUCCUCCUCCGCCGCCCAGACUCGCAAGCACCGCAAGCUGGAGAGGGCGGGAGCCAAGCCCGCGCCCGCUGCCGAGGUCGGGCAGCCCGAGGACCUGACCGUGGUCUCCAACCGAGAAAUCGGGGCCUAGACCAUCCAAUGGUGUCUGCACUCUCCUCGUGCACGAGUGAACAGUUGCGUGAUGUGUAUCGGUGGGCGUGCAGAUUGCAGAGUUUUCUAUAUCUUCUUAUUCCGCUUUCAUCCUCAGACUAACCCCACCUUUUCAAAAGGGCUGUGACUGUUCGGGGGACUGCCCUGGGGUCGCAGGGCGUUCAGUGUGGGUUUCUCCCAAAUGCAAUCUCCCCCACCCCCCCCACCAUCGCCAGGGAUUGCGCACACGUCUAUGUGAAGCAAAAGGUAUGAUCGCAUAUCCACCCCCUCCCCUCCAUUGCCUUUGCUGUGAGCGCAGAGCUCCAGCGCGCUCAGGCAGCCGUGUGAGCCCGCACACCCUGCAGAACACAGCGAUAGUACGUGGGGGGGGUCUAAGCACAGACGCGAAGCCCAUUGCAAGA